AUUCGGAAGGUUUGGGAGGAGAUUCUUGGGAAGAAGUAGCCCUCCAAUGUGUCACCAAUCACAUAGUUUGAUUAGGAUAUGAUGUAACUUGUACAUUAAUAGAAUCAUGUUGAUUGAGGCAAGUGUUUUUAAAGGUUUUCAUUGGACUUUAGAACUAAUCUUUCCCAGUUCUCCUUUUCCCAUUGUUCUUUAACAGUCAUAGAAAAUAACUUCUGCUUUUCCUUUUCAUCUUGCCUUAGAGAAGCCAUGCAAUCAGCUGUACUUUUCGGGUGGAGUUUUUGAAAUGCAGAAGGCUUCAGAGACAAAUAUUUACCUUUACGUGUAACUGGUACUAGAAUGGUCUGUAACUGGAAGACUCUCUUCCUUGAAAAGAACUCUCAGCGAUCAGAUUCUCUCUGUGGUUGACCCUGUAGAUUGUGAAAUGUGGCUCAGGGUCUUCACAGCUUUCCUUUCCUUUGCAGCAGGCACUUGCUCGGGGCUGACAGUGACGGUGCCAUCGCACACCGUCCAUGGCAUCAGGGGUCAGGCCCUCUACCUGCCUGUGAACUAUGACUUCCACACUUUGGCCUCAGACAUCCAGAUUAUAUGGCUGUUUGAGAGACGCCACACAAUGCCCAAAUACUUACUGGGCUCUGUGAAUAAGUCUGUGGUUCCUGACCUGGAAUACCAACAUAAGUUCACCAUGAUGCCACCCAAUGCAUCUCUGCUCAUCAACCCACUGCAGUUUACUGAUGAAGGCAGUUACAUCGUGAAGGUCAACAUUCAGGGAAAUGGAACCCUCUCAGCUAGUCAGAAGAUACAAGUCACUGUUGAUGAUCCUGUCACAAAACCGGUGGUACAGACUCAGCCUUCCUCUGGGGCAGUGGAGUAUGUGGGGAACAUGACCCUGAUAUGCCUGGUAGAAGGUGGCACCCGGCUGGUUUACCAGUGGCUAAAAAAUGGGAGACCUGUCCAUAGCAGCUCCACCUACUCUUUUUCUCCCCAAAACAACACUCUUCAUAUUACUCCAGUGACUAAGGGAGACAUUGGAAAUUACAGUUGCCUGGUGAAGAACCCCGUCAGUGAAAUGGAGAGUGACAUCAUUAUUCCCACCAUAUAUUAUGGGCCUUAUGGACUUCGAGUUAAUUCUGAUAAAGGGCUAAAAGUAGGGGAAGUGUUUACUAUCGACCUUGGAGAAGCCAUCCUAUUUGAUUGUUCUGCUGACUCUUAUCCCCCCAACACCUACUCCUGGAUCCGGAGGGCUGACAACACAACGUAUGUCAUUAAGCACGGGCCUCGCUUGGAAGUUGCAUCUGAGAAAGUAGCCGAGAAGACAGCUAACUAUGUGUGCUGUGCUUACAACAAUGUAACUGGAAGACAAGAUGAAACUCAUUUCACAGUUAUCAUCACUUCUGUAGGACUGGAGAAGCUUGCACAAAAAGGGAAAUCAUUGUCACCUUUAGCAAGUAUAACUGGAAUAUCACUAUUUUUGAUUAUAUCCAUGAGUCUUCUCUUCGUAUGGAAAAAAUAUCAACCCUACAAAGUUAUAAAACAGAAGCUAGAAGGCAGACCAGAAACAGAAUAUAAGAAAGCUCAAACAUUUUCAGGCCAUGAAGAUGCUCUGGAUGACUUCGGAAUAUAUGAAUUUGUUGCUUUUCCAGAUGCUUCUGGUGUUCCCAGGAUGCCGAGUAGCUCUGUUCCAGCCUCCGAUGGUAUAUUAGGGCAAGAUUUGCACAGUACAAUUUAUGAAGUUAUUCAGCACAUCCCUGCCCAACAGCAAGACCAUGCAGAGUAA